UCAGUAAUUUUUUUUUUUUUCGUUUAAACAAUAUUUUGUUUUUGGUUUUUCGUUUUUUCGCUUUAUCUACAUAUUAAAAUUAAAAAUGUACGUGAUUAUUAAUAAGUACAAAAAAUAAAUAAAAAUGUAAAACAUUAAAAAUGUAUUUUUUUUUUUUUUUUAAUUUUAAUUGCUAUUUUUUUCUAUCCCCUUUUUUGUUUAUCUAUUUCGAAUCGAUAAUGACUUCAUUUCGACUUGGGCUUUCUUCACGUUGUUCUUAAAACUCACCGCAAUAGUAAAAAAAAAAAAGUGUCAAGAGAAAAUAUGAAGUGGAAGAAAAUAAACAAUUCGGCCUACAAACGUCAAAAAUUAUUUUACAAACACGUCAUAAUAUCCUCGAAAUUGUUAUAAAAUUAAAACAAAGCAAUGAUGAAAUAAUUACAAUUAAUUAAAAAAUUAAAACGUAGUAAUAAUGAAAUUAGUCUAUAUUUAAAAUUAUUAACAACAAAUACUUGGAUGAGUUUAUAACCUGCUACUCAAAUUAAAAAUAACAACACCUCAACAACAUACUUGUCUCUUUAAAAAAAAAUCAAUAAUAUAUUUUUCAAAUUAAAAAUUAAUAAGAAAAUUAAAUAAUUACCAAGACUUGAAUAAAUCCGUCUGAUAAAUAAAGUGAUAAAUUAUCAAUUACUCCAAUUAAACUAAACAAAUAUAAUGAAACAAAACAAAGUUGAAAUAAUAAUACACAACAAUUAAAUUAUUGCAAGUUUUUUAAUAAAAAACAUCAUCAAGUGGGUAGUUAAAAAAAAAGAGAAAAAAAAAUAAGGUAAAUCAUGUCUCUGGAUGAUGGAUUUGAGAGACCAUUUGAAGACCUGGAGCCAACAACAUGGGGAGUACUACGUGAAAUAGCACGUGCAAAUAAUGAUUAUUUUUCAUCAUAUCAAGAUGAUAAUAGUUUACGUAUAUGUGCUGGUUUAACAUCAGUAUUAAAUACACUUGAUGAGUUACGUCCAUUGUACAAAGAAAUAUCUGAAAUAGCAUCAAAAUAUGAUUUUGAUGAUAAAACACCUGGUAAUGGCUACAGAAGUUUUUUAUAUCUUGUUGAUAAAAGUGUACUACAUACUGGAGAGAUUUGUCGUCAAGUUUACAUGCAAAAAGAUUCUGUAUUAUUUAGAAAAACACACUACAUGAGAGAAAUUGAAGCUUGUUCACAAUUAGUUGCAUCAUUAAGUACAUUUCUUCAUCAUUUGAAGACACUUCAUGAAUGGCGUGAUUCUGAAAUUGAUGGUAAACCAUCAUUAUUUCCAGCUGAUCAACAUAAUACACAAGAUUUAAUAAGUUAUGCUGAGCAUCUUGAUCAAUAUUGUUUUUAUGGUAGAUGUCUUGGUUUUCAAUAUGCUGAUUCAUUAAAAUCAGCAUUAAAAACAAUACUAGUAUCAAUGGUAACAUUUAGUGAAACUUAUUAUACAAAUAAAACAAGUGUCAUUGGUAGAUGUGCAAAUUCAGUUAAAUAUCUUGUUGAUCCAGAAGCACGUGCAAGAAGAAUUUUAAAUAUAUCACAACAUUCUGAUAUUUAUUUUAUAAAAUCAUUUUGGUAUUUAAAUGAAACACAUUUUGCACAAUUUUUACCACUUAUGAUGACACCAAAAUUAUCAAUUAAUCAAGUUAUAUCAAUAACACCAGAUGAACUUAUUAUUUUGGGUGUUAAUAAUGAAGAUGUUAAUAUACCAAUUCCAUUAAGUCAUAUUGGAAAAAAACCAAUUCACGUUAAAUUGUACAGUUCAAAGAGAAGAAUUGGAAUGAUUGGAUCAGCAAAAGCUAGUGGUGAACUUUAUGGACCAUCAGAUGUAUUGUUGUUUCAUUGUCAUGGUGGUGGAUUUGUAUCACACAGUCCAAAAUCACAUGAAAUUUAUUUACGUUCGUGGGCUGUUAGUCUUGAUGUACCAAUUUUAAGUGUUGAUUAUAGUCAUGCACCAGAAGCACCAUAUCCAAGAGCAAUUGAAGAAAUUGUUUAUACAUAUGCAUGGGCACAUAAACAUGCAACUUCACUUCUUGGAACAAAUGCAAAACGAGUUAUUCUUAUUGGUGAUUCUGCUGGUGCAAAUUUAAAUUUAGCUUUGGCAACAAAAUGUCAUGAACUUAAAAUACAAAAACCAUUUGGUAUAUUUAUGGUUUAUACACCAACACUUAUGGAAUUUAUUCCAUCACCAUCAAGAAUGCUUGGUAUAACAGAUCCACUUUUACCAUUUGGUUUUAUGGUACGUUGUUUAAAAGCAUAUACACUUGGUGAUCCAAAAAAAUAUAAAGACAAUGAAAAUGAUGAAUCACAAGAAUCUGAUAAUGAAUCAUUUGCUGAAGUUAGUGAAAGUGAUUUAAUAGCAUUGGCACUUAGUCCAAAUGGUGCUGAUGAUGAUGAUGCUGAAGAAAAUAAAUUAGCAUCAUUACCAUCUGAUUCAACACUUAAUUCAAUAAGUUUAGGUGAUCAUGAUGCUCCUUCUAAUAAAUCAUUAGAUAAUUUAAAAGAUGAGACAACUAAUGAAAAACCAACAAAGGAAUAUUUUCGUAAAUUUUUUGAUAUUUAUAAAAAUGCUACAUCAAAAGCACCAGGUUUUUUGGCAAGUAGUCAGAGCCAAGGUGAAUGUAGUAAAACGCAAGAAGAUAAUAGUACUGGUAUUUUUGGAUUUAAAUUUAGUAAAGAUGAACAAAAAACAAAAGAACUUGAUUUACUUGAUGUUAAAAGUCCAUCUGAUGAUUUUUCAUUUACUGUACCACGUGAUCCACUGUUGAGUCCAUAUAGAACACCAGAUGAUGUACUAAGGCAUUUACCACCUACAAAAAUACUUACAACAGAUUUUGAUCCUUGUCUAGAUGACUGCGUAAUGUUUGCACGAAAAUUAAGAGCCCUGGGUGUUGAUGUUAGCCUUGAUAUAUUGCCUGGUUUACCACAUGGUUUUCUUCAUCUAUGCAUGUGGUGUAAAGAAGCACAUGAAGGCGCUGAAUUAUGUAUGCAAAAAAUCAAGGAAAUAAUCGAAAUGUAACAAUGGAUCUGAAAAUAAAUUCGAUACGUAAAAAAAGCUUAAUCCGCAGGACGGAAAUUAAUUAAUUUUAAUUUUUAUAAAAUUCUUUUUUAAAGCUCAAUUUGUAAUAUUAUUUAUUGAAUCCUACAAAAAAUUGAUACAAAUUAAAUAUGCUUUUUUUUUUUAACAACAGCCUGUUGACAGAUGAUUAAAUAAAAAAAAAUAAAAAUUGUUUUUUGAGGCAUAAAAAUAAAAAAUUAAUUGAAUCAUUUUACUGUUUUAACUAUAUUAUUUAUUCAAUAAAUUUGUGUCUCUUGGAAAAAAA